AUGUGGCCAGAACUUGUUAUCGUUCAUGGGAAACCGAGACAUCCCCAAUCACAGUGUAGCAUUGAGCGAUCAAAUGGAGAUAUCCAUGACAUGCUAACUGCAUGUAUGAGGGACAAUGAAUUAACAAAGUGGUCAACUGGUAUGAAGUUUGUCCACAUUCAAAAGAAUUCAGCUCUUAGCAAAGGCAUUGGACGGUCCUUCUAUGAAGUCUUAUUUGGCAAAUGUGCAACAAUUGGAAACCAAAUUCCGAAAAAAAUAUUGAUGACCUUAGAAAAGGAAGAGGACUUAAUCCAGCCAGAGUCUGUAAAUGAUCAACCUGUAACUGAAAAUGAAACUGAAAACAUUCUCGAUGCCUCUGAUAUACCAGAACCUAUUGCAGAACCAAAUGUGGAACCUUUUACUUCAAUCACUGAUGAGUAA